AUGGCCGCCGCUUUCGGCAAGCCAGGUGCUGGGUAUCAGCAGCCUAUUUCUGACCCGCUGGAUGGUCAGAGUGAGGAGCAGAAGUUGCAAGCAGCUCUCCGGCAGGUGACUCUCGACGGCAGCGCUGACUGUCAGGAGUUCAAGCCAAAUCCACGGCUGGCUCACCUUUGCACCGAGUGCUUCCGCUCACUGAACCACCACGCCGCCUCUGCCAUAAAAAGUGCCAAGCACGUCGCCGCAGCAGUGGAGACAAGUGCCGCAGGCAAGAAAGCUGCAUCCCGUGUGCUGGACGUGAGCGAGGGAGGUGCGAUCUUUUUGGGGGGCGUCGGUGCUGUGAUGAACCCAUCAUUUCUGGAGACGGAGAGCAUUCAAGGCGUUGUCACAUGUGCACGUGAUCUGCAAGUCCUUUGGCCGAAGUUCAGCAAGGCCGUGGCGGACGCCGAAGCAAACGGAAUUGUGUUUCACAUCGUUCCCUUGCUUGACGAGCCGCAACAGAAGCUGGACCUAGAAGACCUGCGCCAAGCCACCAAGUUCAUACACGAGAAAGUUGCAGCUGGUGGAAACGUGCUGGUCCACUGCGCCCAAGGCCGAAGUCGUUCGACCACUGUGCUACUGGCUUAUCUUGCAGCUGCGCGGAAGAUGACCGUCGAAUCAGCCCUCGCCUUGGUCCAGGAGAAGCGGCAGAUGGCCCAGCCCAACCUAGGCGGCAAAAUGCAAGAAGAAAGGGGUUCUGGUGGAGUGCUGGAGAGUCUUCCGGGGAGAAUUUGUUCUGUUUUAUGUAUGCCUUUAGCUUGUUGA